GGAAACGAAAAAUAUUAUCGAUAACUAUGGGAAAUCCGGAGCAUCCAAAAUGAUUCGCUUACGGCGCGCUAUUUGUGAACAGUUGCCACAGCUGAAGGAGGCGUGCCAUGCGCUAGAGGUACCGACAAAGAAGCACCAGCUCCAGAACGCCCGGCAACCGACUCUGGAAUGGAUUCUCCCAUCUGCGGUUGCGCAACGGGAGCGGGAAGUGCUAAAUGCCGUGAAAGAUCACCCAUUUGAUUGCGCCUACAUAGAAGGAGUUAAUGUAGUAUCCAGCUCCGGACGCAGUGCAGCGAAAGUAGAGUUCCAACUACGACCGCAAGCCUUUGUGGAACAGCUCCUGAAGGCCAAACAGAAUCCAGCAGACGUUCCCAUUUCACACCCAGAACACAUUGUAGUGGAGUUCAGUUCACCAAACAUUGCCAAGCCCUUCCAUGUGGGCCACCUGCGAUCCACCAUCAUUGGUAAUGUUCUUGCGAAUCUCCACCAGCACUUGGGUUAUCGCACAACACGCUUGAAUUACCUAGGAGAUUGGGGCACACAGUUCAGCCUGCUUGCCUUGGGCGUCCAACUGAACAAUGUUACUGACCAGCAGAUGCAGGCAUCCCCCAUAGAAACCCUCUAUGCAUCAUACGUCGCCGCUAAUAAAGCGGCGGAAGAAAGUCCGGAAAUCGCCCAACGAGCACGAGAUCUCUUUGCGUCUCUGGAGGCGGGAACGGAUGAAAACAUGGCCAAACAGUGGCAGAAGUACAGAAAGUACACCAUUGAAGAUCUGUCCAAAGUUUACCAGCGACUGGGGGUCCACUUCGAUAGCUACGAGUGGGAGUCUCAGUAUUCCCAAAAGCAAAUACAGCAGGUUCUGGACAAGCUACGAAACGCUGGUCUUCUGCAACGCGAACUGGAUGGCCGCGAGGUCGUCGUGGUGGAUGGAAGACGUAUCCCAGUGAUCAAGAGCGAUGGUUCCACUCUGUACUUAGCCAGAGAUAUUGCUGCUCUGUUGGAGAGGCUCUCAAGACUAGAGUUCACACGUCAUCUUUACGUAGUGGACAAUGGCCAAGCUGAUCACUUCAAUGCGCUCUUUAAAACGGCAUCGGCAUUGGACGAACGCCUGAAUCUUGAGCAGCUGCAGCAUGUAAAAUUCGGUCGCAUUCAUGGUAUGAGCACGCGUCAGGGCAAGGCGAUCUUUCUAAAGGAUGUCCUGGACGAAGCACGCGAUAUAAUGCGGGAAAAACGAAACCUUAGUGCAACUACCAGAGAAAACCAGUCCCUUGACGAUGAGCUUGUGUGUGAUAUUCUGGGAGUCUCGGCUGUCCUUGUAAAUGUUUUGAAGCAGCGUCGGCAGAGGGAUCACGAAUUCAGCUGGCAGCAGGCUCUUCAGGUAAACGGAGAUACGGGAAUAAAGCUCCAGUACACACACUGCCGCCUGCACAGUUUGCUGGAUAACUUUAAGGAAGUACAACUGGAGGACAUCAAGCCGGACUGGCAGCAUUUUGUCCAAGAGCCAACAGAUGCCUUGGAUUUACUUUACGAACUGGCACGUCUGGAUCAGAGUCUGUGGCAGUCAAAGCAGCAACUGGAAGCUUGUGUUCUGGUUAACUAUUUGUUUGGAUUGUGCAAUGCGACCAGCCGAGCACUAAAGCGAUUACCUGUGAAACUGGAGGGUUGCCGGCACAAGCAAUCCCAGCGUCUGCUACUCUUUCAUGCUGCCAAGCGGACACUGCAGCAGGGUAUGCAGAUUCUAGGCCUCCGGCCACUCGACCAGAUGUAAUAUCAGCCAAAGAUGCCUCCAAACAGAACCGAUAACAUACUUGAUAUUUAUUAAAACAUUUCAAA